AAUUGGCUUUCGUUUGACAUUGACAUUAGAGUUUUGCGAAGCGAAAUAAGUACGUUUGCUUAAUUAUUGUACUGUAUUGUGAAUUUCGAUACUUAAAAUAGUAACUGACAUAGUACAAAUAAAAAAAUAAUUAAAAACACAUAGAAUCUUCAAGAUGAAUCUGCAAAGAAUGAUAUACAAAGUUUGCGGGCAGCCUUUAGUAACGAACACAAAAAAUGUGUUCCCUGUUUUAUCCAUUCGGUUAAAACACGAUAAAAAUGAUCUAGAAGAACACAAAAAGAAAGUAAUGGCACGAGGUUUGCCGGAGAAAAAACCCUUGCCUGGUGUUAAAAGUAUCAUUCUUGUUGCAUCUGGUAAAGGAGGGGUCGGUAAAACAACUACUGCUGUAAAUUUAGCAUGUGCAAUGAAGGUGAUAGAACCGGACAAAGAGAUAGGUCUGUUAGAUGCUGAUGUGUUUGGACCAUCUGUACCUCUUAUGAUGAACAUUAGCGGGGAGCCUAUGCUGAAUGAUAACCAUCUCAUUGAACCCCUGCUAAACUACGGAGUUAAAUGUAUGUCAAUGGGUUUAUUAGUGUCCGGUGAGAAUGCGGUGGUGUGGCGCGGACUGAUGGUAAUGCAAGCUUUGGACAGGUUGACCAGACACGUGGCAUGGGGCCCCCUAGACUGUCUCGUUGUCGAUACGCCGCCAGGCACGGGAGACACGCAUUUGUCACUUGCACAGAACUUGCCAAUAGAUGGUGCAAUCGUUGUAACAACACCUCAGUCUGCUGCACUACAAGUCACCAAACGUGGUGUUAAUAUGUUUGAAAAGCUAAAAGUUCCUAUCAUAGGAUUAGUGGAGAACAUGUCCCAUGCAAUGUGUACAAAAUGCGGGACAAAGAACUUUAUAUUCGGCAACGAAACAAAGAAGACUGCAAACGAAAUGGGCUUGGAUAUUAUAGAGAGCUUUGAAGUUGAUGCCAAUAUGUCGGAGUGCAUAAAUAGUGGUAAGCCAGCGAUAUACGCUUUGCCCGAUAGCAUACAUGCGGAGAAAUAUAGGCGAUUAGCCAACAGAGUGUUCAAAUACAUAUCGGAUAAGGAUAUAACUCAUGCCAAAGCCAAGGAACAGUAGAUUGCACAAAACAUUUACAAGUAG